AGAAGGACGGAGGAUGAAAAAAGAAUUUUUGAAGUGGUUUUCUUCAUUGGGCCUUAAUUAGUCGGUAGUAUCUAAGCCCAGUAAUUAACGGGUAUUUUGUUCGAAAUUAACAUUUGAAUUGACCAACGGUGAAUGAGCAAUGUCGAAGACGGUACCGGAGAUGGAUCUCGCCGAGAUCUACACCGCACCAGACACCAUUGAUUCCUCCGUAAUCUUUCACACCAUCUACGACGUCGUUGCCUUCGUUCUUUACAUGCACCAGCAGAUCCCCUCCACAGUUCAGGAUAUGAGCGUUGAGUUUGAUUCAAUGCAUUCCGAGUAUAAACAACUGAUAGAUAAGGGAAAUGAAGUGAAGGCGUCGUUUAGGAGAAUGCAUGUGAGUAGAAUGAGGGAAAUCAAAGUAGGAAUAAAGAGAUUGGAUAAAUUGAUGAGUUCUCUUUCGAAAUUACAAACUGCGCUUAAAGUGAUUAUCAACGAGUGUCAUAACAUAGACAGAGUCGUUUUGGCUCUUGGUGGUAGCUCCCUUAGACCUCAGAAUGUUUAUGUAUUGGAAUUUCCAUGUCGAGUUGAUGUUUCCAAUGCUGGGGAUGAUUUCGCUAGGAGCAAAGCUGCAGAGGCUCUUUCCAGAAAGGCGAUUCGAACAUUGAUAUCAAAGGAUGCUGGGUCUGUUACUUAUCCUGGUCCUAACAAACUGUUUGUAUUAAUUAAGGCCCCUUCUUCUUUUAACCAGCCUCAACAUUUUCUGCCCAAACGUGAUUUCAAGUACAACAGAAAGAUUGUGCCUCUCAGGCUACUGAUUAAGUGUCGGAACCAGGAUCAAGAAGUGGCUGCUUCUACUUCAGAAGAUUGGAUCUGGUUUCAAUGCCGACAUGUGAUAAAAGGCCUUGCCAUGAAUGCAAUGCCAGAAGAAUGAAAUCCUCCGUUCCAAUAUAACAUCGGAAGAUAUGUUGUAAAUACGACUUAUGCUUGAAUUGAAGCAAUGUACCCUUGUUUCAGUUUAGUUAGGAUGUGGGGUUAUUAAGCUUAGAUAUCAUUAUCAUUGCAACAUUUUAGGCCAUCUUAUACCAUGUAUGUUAAAAGAAAGUAAGAAAUGUUAGGCGUUGGUAGAAUUACAUUACAUGUUAUACAAAGCCGUUAGGAAAGCCAGUGAUUGCAGUUUUUAUGGACAACAGAAGCCCAAGAAUAUGGAAGUUAUGUAAAGAUUCCAGGACUUAACAAGAUUCUAUACCCAACCUUGUAUUAAGAUUUUCUAUAUCUGUAGCUUUAAUUUUGCAGGCAAGUUUAAAUUAUUUGAUCUGGGGCUGCAUUAUAAAAUGUGCAAUUGAUUGUGUGAAGAUGUCGUUGAAUUGGUGUUGCAUCUUAACUUCUGUGCACUUGAGACUGACAUUAUGCAUGUUAUACAACAACUAUCUGUCUGUACCUAGUUACUGCGUGUCAAUUUAGUUCAGUUGGUGAUUUAGCAUGUGCUAUAAUACUGGCCAAAACUGGCCAUAGUACUGUUCUUUAUUUGAUUAUUAUUUUGAUAAUGUAAUGUUUUUUAACGGUUGAUACUGUAAUACUAUUCAUCUCUUACAUA